CUAGAUUGAAUGCUUGCCCAUGGCGCUGGCGCUCGGAGCUUCUUCUUCACAUGUCCUUUCGAUUCCUCGCUCGGGAAUCACAUUCAUUUCAUCGUGGCCUCCAUCUUCAUCCAGGAUUAGCAGCACCGAUGGCAGCAAUGGCGCUCGGAUUCUCACCGCGAGAGUGAUUUCUUGCGGCACCAGGUUCACAACUCUUGCCACUGUGGAUAAGAAAUCUCUUGAAUCGAUUCAAGACGAAGACAAGGUCAGGGAUGAGUUUGUGGAGGUGGGCGUUGUGAUUAGAAAGCAUGGAGUUCGUGGGGAGUUGCUGAUUCGGUCCUCUACCGAUUUCCCUCAAGAACGAUUUGAGAAGCCUGGGAAGCGAUGGAUGAAAAUCUCCGAGAGAGGUGAAGAGACGAUAGAGUGCGUGGAUCUCGUCAGUGGAAGAAAUCGAGCUGGCAAGCUACCGUGCUGGUUGCUUACGCUGAAAAAUGUGGACUCGGUCGAGAAGGCUUCGAAGUAUAUUGGUGCUACCAUGCUUGUCAAGCGUGACGAACGGCCUGCUCUGGAAGAAGGCGAGUUUUACAUUCCAGAUCUCAUAGGCAUGGACGUUUUUGUCCAGAGCUCCAUGGAAAACAUUGGAACUAUUGCUGAUAUGUGCAACUUUGGAGCCAGUGACUUGCUGCGUGUCCAACGAAAUCCAGCUUCAUCUGUUGGUGAGGGCCCUCUUAUUUGGAUUCCUUUUGUCGAAGCUAUAGUUCCCGUGGUUGAUAUGGAGCAAAGGCGAGUGAUAGUGGAUCCUCCCGAGGGGCUACUGGAGCUGAAUACGCCCGCGAAACGCAAGGAGAAAGCUGAAGCACGCAAAGAGGAGGUGAAAGCCAUGCGGAAGUUGCAAAUGAGAAAGAGUGGCUUAAAGAAAAGUCUGAUAAAAUCCAAACAGGACCACCUUUUAGCAGGACUUUCUGUCGGCGAGCAAGAAGAGCGAGAUUCGUUGCUGAAGGAGCUUUUGAACAUCGACUUCAAAGCUCUUCAAGUGUCCUUUGUGAAAGCUUGCGAGCGUUCUAAAACGAACGAAUGCAGGUUGAGUGGCUUCACCAAGCUUCCCGAGAUUCCCUCGGUUUCCAAGCAGGAGCUCGAGAGGUGGAUGAAAGAAGGCACACAUACCGGAGAUGGCGAAACAAACAGUGGAAAAGGUUAUUGGAAGCGGGGACUCGAUGUUAUUGCAAGCAAUAGAGUGGCUGUUGCUUCCUUGAUACGUCCGAAUGACGACGGGGAUCAAAAACUGGACAAACAAAAAUCACGACUCCAGCUUCUUGCUCAACAUCUUCGAGCAAUUGAAAACCUUGCUACGCUCGAAUUUCCAGGAGACGUCUGCCAAAUACCUUGGUUCAUUUGUACCAGCUCGGAUCUCAUUGAACCGAUUCGUUCACUUCUGGACGAAGAAGAAUUCUUCGGGCUCCAAUCCACGCAAGUCUGCGUUAUAACCGUAGAAACAGUUCCCUGUUUUGACACAAACAAUGUCGCUGGUGAUCACCAGAUAUUGAGAAUGUCACCAUGGAAACUUUUGCAGUCGGUAACUGGCGAUGGCGGAGUGUUGAAAACUCUAGCUAUUGAAGGCCUUAUUUCAGAGUUUGCGGAGAAAGGUCUCGAUUACUUACAGGUGCUGGAUGAUCCAACUUCACAGGCAAGGAUAGCGGAUCCCUUCCUUUUUGGAUAUGCAGAGGCACAAGCAUCGGAGUUAACCAUUCAAACGGUGGAAUGGCAACCAUCCAUGGACGUCAUUGGAUUCCGAGAGCUCCAAAACGAGAACUCGCUUAGCUACGAGCUUGUGAGGCGCUACGCUUGCAAGGACAACAAGGACCUGGAGCUGUGCAGUGCUGUAAGUCCUCUUGGAAGCUACAUUCUCUCGGUGUCAUUCGCAAAGAAGCUCCAUGACAGCGGCUUCAACUUCGAGCUUCACUCGACCUCGCCCUCGACUAGAACGUUCCCCGUCUACAGAGAAAAGGAUGGCAAAUGCGAGCUCGUGAAGGAUUCAAGCGCGAUGGUGCUUGAAUCCUCUCUGCUGGACUGCAUCGUCAAGUGCGAACCGCGCAAGAUUUCUAUCGUAAAACUCGUGUAAUGCGGCUCAAAGUUUUGUUUUUCUAUAGUUCUCAUCAUCUAUCGUGGAUUGCAUCA